UUGAAAAUGUUGCUGUUGUGCCGUUUCCAUGGAUACCGCAAACUUACCAACACGGAGCUGUCGUGUAAUUUAGCUUUUACUCGGUAACAAAAACCUAAUGAAUUCCACAAAUUGUGGAAAAUAUACUGUUGAAAUAUUGGGGAGGUGAGGAAAUAGAAAGAGAAAUACUUCAAGACCAGCCAUGUCUCACAACUGGAAUAGCCAUGGACUGCCAUUUAUACCAGGAUACAGUUUUCGGGAUGUAACGAAGUCAGCCUUCCAUCGUCCCCAGACACUGGACUAUAAGCUUGGCUAUGCUCUGCCCCAUCGGCCCACUGUGGGCAUUGGACAGGAUCCUCUUUUAUCAGAGCAGCUGAUCCAGCAGGAGAUCAGUGAGUUGUCCUCUGAGACACCAGACAUUACUUAUGGCUCCUUUGACCAGAGUGUAGUCAGAGACUUCAUCCCAGCUCAUGUGGCCCUGGACAAGAAGGUGCUGCGCUUCCAUGCAUACUUUCAGGAAAAUAUCCUGUUUUCCCCUGAAGAGGAGCUUCGUGUGCGCCCCGUGGUCAUUUACUACUACCUCGAGGAUGACAGCAUGUGCAUUUAUGAGCCCAGGGUGGAGAAUUACGGGAUACCACAGGGGAAACGGAUCAAACGCCAGCGCCUGCCCAAGAAUGAACGUGGAGAGCAUUAUUUAUGGAAAAACCUCAAUAUUGGCAUGGACCUGGAGGUGUACGGGGUCAAGUACCACAUCACACAGUGCGAUGCUUUUACAAAGGAAUUCAUGGAAAGCGAAGGCAUCGUUCUGAACGACCCCGAGCAGAUGCCUGUGGAUCCUUACGACAAACGUCGCAAAAACCCUCAGCCUUCCUACGCAAAACCCUCCAGACUUGACCACAUGCACCAAUUCCUCACCAUGGAUGGAAAGGUGCUGCGUUUCUUCGCCCUGUGGGACGACGCUGACGCUCUGUUCGGACAGACCUUGCCCGUUACCAUCCAGUAUUACCUGGUGGACGACACGGUGGAGAUCAGAGAGAUCCACAAACCAAACAGCGGCCGGGAUCCCUUCCCCAUCCUGAUGCGCAGACAGAAGCUGCCUAAGGAAAUCAAACCGGCGUCUGAGUCCUUUCCCAGCUGUGUGUUGGAGCUUUCAACAGCGGAAGUGGAGGAGUACUACUCCCCCAAAGACUUCCAGGUGGGUCAAACGAUGAAGCUGCUGGGCCGUCGCUUCCUGCUGUACGACUGUGAUGGCUUCACUAAAGAGUAUUACCAAAAUAACCACCCUGACAUAGAGAUGAAACCCUCAGAGGAACCUAAGAACACUGACCUGCUUAAGAAGAGAAAGGAGGUUCCUCCCUAUAAUGGUUUUGGUUCUCUCGAAGACUCUCUCCAGAAUUGUUUGUUUUUAAUUCCUAAGCCUCCCAAAAAGAACGUGCUAAAGAUGCUGGAAAACGACCACAAAGUGUUGCGCUACAGCGCCAGGCUGGACUCCCAGAAUCCCGAAGACGAGGGCCGACGGUUCAUACUGUCCUACUUCCUGUCUAAUGACAUGGUGAGUAUUUUUGAAAGUCCCGCUCGCAACUCCGGCAUCAUCGGUGGCCAGUUCCUGGAAAAGACGCGGGUCCCCAAGCCGGCCUCUACAGUGGAGCAUCCUGAGUUCUACUCGCCUGCGGACUUUGCUAUUGGAGCCACCGUGGAGGUUUUCAGCCACCGCUUUGUGUUGACGGAUGCGGACCACUAUGUGCUGACGUACCUGGAGUCCAUCGCAAGCCAGAUCCCGUGUCGGACAUUAGAUUCUUUGCACCAGAAGCUGCGUGAGGGAACGGCAAAUAACCAGCCAGCUGACCAAAAUGGUGCUGAUGUAGCAGAGCCAUCUUCUUGAUGUCAGGGAAGGCUGGAUGUCCUCAAGAGUUGUUCACUCUCCAAUAAAUCAGAUCAAAAAAACCAAAGCCUUUUCAUACUUUACAUAACAA